UACCUGGUCCUCGGUCCAGCGCUGUACAGUCUUCCCACCUGCCGGCUUCUUCCCGCUCCUGCAUCUGUCACAGCCGGGUGCCCACUGCGCAUGCGCGAGAAGCACAGCAGUUUGUGAAUGGUCCGGCGUCUUCUGGAACACAUGACAGGUCCCAGAAGACGCCGGGCAAUUCACAAAGUGCUGCACUUCUCACGCAUGCACAGUCCGCAGUCUCUUGAUCAUCCCCUGUACUGUCCGCAGUCUCUGGUGAUCUCCUGUACUGUCCGCAGUCUCUGGUGAUCUCCUGUACUGUGUCCGCAGUCUCUGGUCAUCUCCUGUAGUAUGUCCGCAGUCUCUGGUCAUCCCCUGUACUAUGUCCGCAGUCUCUGGUCAUCUCCUGUACUGUGUCCGCAGUCUCUGGUCAUCUCCUGUACUGUGUCCGCAGUCUCUGGUCAUCUCCUGUACUGUGUCCGCAGUCUCUGGUCAUCUCCUGUACUGUGUCCGCAGUCUCUGGUCAUCUCCUGUACUGUGUCCGCAGUCUCUGGUCAUCUCCUGUACUGUGUCCGCAGUCUCUGGUCAUCUCCUGUACUGUGUCCGCAGUCUCUGGUCAUCUCCUGUACUGUGUCCGCAGUCUCUGGUCAUCUCCUGUACUGUGUCCGCAGUCUCUGGUCAUCUCCUGUACUAUGUCCGCAGUCUCUGGUCAUCUCCUGUACUGUGUCCGCAGUCUCUGGUCAUUUC